ACACAAAAAUGACAGAUUAAUAGAGGCGACUUGAUUAUUUGUGUUGAAAUGAACGAAUUUUCUAUAUUUAUUAAUUUUGUGCAACAUAUUAAGCAGUAGCAUCCUGUUAUUAAUGUGUUGCUGAUAGGUAAAACAGAGAAAAAGUAUUUUUCUAGACAGAACAUAGUAAAUUCGAUCAAGAAGUUAAUGUUAUCAUAUUAAGUCUCUAUUUUCUGAGUCUUUCUGCCACAAUGAAUGAUGGAAGUUCAAAGAAGAUAUUAUUUAAGAAAUCAACGCUAUUUAGUCUUAAGGCAGAACUAUUAAGGAAGCAAGAAGAAGUGAAUGAAAAGAAGCGACUGCCUCAAAAUAAGUUAGAGAACUUUAAGCCUCCAGUAAGAGAGAAUGUAAAAGAUGAGAAUACAAAUAAAGAAUACAAGAAAACAUUCCAGGACAGGUUAAAAGCUGUUGAUACAGAAGAAUUAGAAGCUAUCAGGAAAUCUAAGUUAGCUUUAGAGAAGAAGGCAGAGUUAUAUGAGCACUUAUCAGAUAGUGCGGGCCAAUCCCAGCUGGCUGAGAGAUUCCUGGUGGACUUCAAUACUAAGAAGCAGCAGGAACCGGAACCAGUCAGCCAUGCCAGCCAAGUUGAGGAACCAAUACAACCUGAUCCCGAGACUGAUGUCAAUGAUGAUGAUAGUGAAUGGACUGAAUUUACUGAUUGUCUGGGAAGAACAAGAAAAUGUCUUAAAUCAGACCUGGAAAUGUUUCGGAAAAAGGAUGCGCAACUUAUGAAGGCUAUCAACAAAGAUAGGGAUUCUGGUAAUGAUGAAAAAGAAAAAAUACCUGAGCCGGAAGAAAUCGCACCACUAAAGGAAAAACCAUUGUUGGUCCAAACUACAAAUGAGUAUUUACAAUCAUUGCGAGAGAAGUGGGAACAGAAGGAACAGGAACUGUUGGCGAAAGAUAAAGAUAUACAUUAUCAGGACUUGUUGUUUGAUGAGGCACGAAUCCACGGUGUCGGUUACUACUCCUUCAGUACUGACGAAACGGAGCGUCAGAAACAAAUGGAAGAGCUCAUCAAAAGGCGGGAAGAGACAUUGAAGGCUCAGAAGGAAGCUGAAGAGGUUCGCAAGAAGAGGGACGAGAUGAUGGCGGUUAGAGUGGCGGCUGCCCGCGCCCGCCAGCGGGCUAGAGCUGGCUUGCCCCCAGAAGAAACAAAAGAUAAUCAAAAAGACUUUACAACUUGUCUGCUAGAAUUUCUGACGCAACAAAAGAAUGAAGCCGAUGCUAAAGCUAAGGCAGAGGAAAAUAAACUUAAAGAAGAGCAAGAGAAAGAGAGGCAGAAGUUACGCGAGGCUUACAUACGUGAGUGGGAUGUUGGAAAAGAGGGAGUCGAAGGCAAAGUCAAGAAAUUCAGAGAAAUGACACAAGAAGAGUAUGUUGAACAGCAGCGGGAUAAGAGAAUUAAAGAAUUUGCUCCGCAAACUCCAAAAGCUUCCACUUCUGGUAACGCAAACGUAUUUGAUGAUAAAGGCAAAAUUGUUGGUUCUAACGCAGCUAUUGCAACUGCUACUAAAACAUGGGCCGAUGUUAGACCUCCACCCAAAACCCCGCCCCCUCCCGAAAUUGGUGAACUAAAUGAGACACAACAGCAAAAAGGUCUUUAUUUUACGUCAUCGAAGAAGAACGACAUCGCUGUGAAAUACAGAAACUUUGUUAAAGCUCAAGAACCGACACCCAUAGUAAAUGAAUUAGAAGAAACAGAUCCUACACUUACAAGUAAUAAAGUUGCAGAGAAGAGAAAACACGAAUCAACUAGUGUCGAAAUACCACCACCACCUACAUUUGAAUAUUAUGGUCCGACGAUAAAACAGACCAAGUUUGAUAAACCAUUUGAAUCCGACAUUAGAGAAGCUUACGUUCAGGGAGCAAAGAGCUUAGAACCCAAGUCCAGUAAUCGUCAGUUGCCCAAACACUAUGAUUUUACAUUUGACUAAGUAUUAAAUAAAACAACAUAAAUUUUC